AUGAAUGGCAGCUUAAAUCGCUGCUAUUAUUCGCACUUUUACUCGGUGGCCCUCGAUGACAAUGUAGAUGAAGAGGAUUAUAAUUUAAUUACUGAGAAAAUUGUAAUAAAGGAACGUCGCAAACGUCGCAAACGUCGCAAACGUCGCAAACGUCGCAAACGUCGCAAACGUCAGGAACGUCGCAAACGUCGCAAACGUCGCAAACGUCAGGAAUGUCGCAAACGUCAGGAACGUCGCAAACGUCGCAAACGUCAGGAACGUCAGGAACGUCGCAAACAACGCAAACGUCGCAAACGUCGCAAACAUCGCAAACGUCACAAACGUCACAAACACCACAAACGUCGCAAACGUCGCAAACGUCAGGAACGUCGCAAACGUCGCAAACGUUGGAAACGUCAGGAACGUCGCAAACGUCACAAACGUCAGGAACGUCGCAAACGUCGCAAACGUCGGAAACGUCAGGAACGUCGCAAACGUCGCAAACGUCGCAAACGUCGGAAACGUCAGGAACGUCGCAAACGUCGCAAACGUCGCAAACGUCGGAAACGUCAGGAACGUCGCAAACGUCGCAAACGUCGCAAACGUCGGAAACGUCAGGAACGUCGGAAACGUCAGGAACGUCGGAAACGUCAGGAACGUCAGGAACGUCGCAAACGUCAGGAACGUCGCAAACGUCGCAAACGUCGCAAACGUCGCAAACGUCGCAAACGUCAGGAACGUCGCAAACGUCGCAAACGUCGGAAACGUCAGGAACGUCGCAAACGUCGCAAAAGUCGGAAACGUCAGGAACGUCGCAAACGUCGCAAACGUCGGAAACGUCGGAAACGUCAGGAACGUCGCAAACCUCGCAAACAUCGCAAACGUCAGGAACGUCGCAAACGUCGCAAAUGUCAGGAACGUUGCAAACGUCGCAAACGGCGCAAACGUCGCAAACGUCGGAAACGUCAGGAACGUCGCAAACGUCGCAAACGUCGGAAACGUCGGAAACGUCGCAAACGUCGCAAAAGUCGGAAACGUCAGGAACGUCGAAAACGUCGCAAACGUCGGAAACGUCAGGAACGUCGCAAACCUCGCAAACAUCGCAAACGUCAGGAACGUCGCAAACGUCAGGAACGUUGCAAACGUCGCAAACGGCGCAAACGUCGCAAACGUCGGAAACGUCAGGAACGUCGCAAACGUCGCAAACGUCGCAAACGUCAGGAACGUCGCAAACGUCAGGAACGUCGCAAACGUCGCAAACGUCGCAAACGUCAGGAACGUCAGGAACGUCGCAAACGUCGCAAACGUCGCAAACGUCGGAAACGUCGGAAACGUCAGGAACGUCGCAAACGUCUCAAACGUCAGGAACGUCGCAAACGUCAGGAACGUCGCAAACGUCGCAAACGUCGCAAACGUCGCAAACGUCAGGAACGUCAGGAACGUCGCAAACGUCGGAAACGUCAGGAACGUCGGAAACGUCGCAAACGUCGGAAACGUCGCAAACGUCGGAAACGUCGCAAACGUCGCAAAAGUCGGAAACGUCAGGAACGUCGCAAACGUCGCAAACGUCGCAAACGUCGGAAACGUCAGGAACGUCGCAAACGUCGCAAACGUCGCAAACGUCGCAAACGUCAGGGACGUCGCAAACGUCAGGAACGUCGCAAACGUCGCAAACGUCGCAAACGUCAGGAACGUCGCAAACGUCGCAAACGUCAGGAACGUCGCAAACGUCGCAAACGUCAGGAACGUCGCAAACAUCGGAAACGUCAGGAACGUCACAAACGUCGCAAACGUCGCAAACGUCAGGAACGUCGCAAACGUCGCAAACGUCGCAAACGUCGCAAACGUCGCAAACGUCGCAAACGUCGCAAACGUCAGGAACGUCGCAAACGUCGGAAACGUCAGGAACGUCGCAAACGUCGGAAACGUCGCAAACGUCAGGAACGUCGCAAACGUCAGGAACGUCGCAAACGUCAGGAACGUCGCAAACGUCAGGAACGUCAGGAAUCGAAAGCCACACCAGAGAAGAAAGACAUCAAGAAAAAGAAUAUUAAAUAUGAAGUCAUCAGGGCCAACACUGACGAGGAGAAAGAGAAUGGCCACAGUGACUUAUAG